AUGGAGCUGACUUGGAAGUUAGUCUUCCCGGUUUUCCUAAGUUUUUCGUGCUGGGGAUGCGCCUGGGAACCCGACAGAAAUUUCAUUUUAGCGGCUGGUCCUCUGACCAACGACUUGCACGACCCGAGCGGUCCCCUGGGAAACCCGGGCGCUCACUGGGCGGCAGGGGACAAAGACAUGGACGCGUGUCGCCAGCCACUGCCCGCUUUCCUGCCAGAGUACUUGAGCAGUAUCCGUGCCAGGGAGGUCACUCACUACAAAGUGUUCCUGUCCUGGGCACAACUUCUCCCGGCGGGCAGCCCCGGGCGGCCCGACGGGCAGGCGGUGCGCUGCUACCGGCGGCUCCUCCGCGCCGUGCGCGCCGCGCGGCUCCAGCCCCUGGCGGUGCUGCAGCGCCGGGCGCCCCCCGCCGCCGCCCCGGGCCGCCGGCUCUUCGCCGACCUCUUCGCCGACUACGCCGCCUUCGCCUUCCACUCCUUCGGGGACUUGGUUGGAACCUGGUUCACUUUUAGUGACUUGGAGGAGGCGACAACGGAACUUCCCCACCAGAAAUCAAGAUCUCAUCUCCAGACCCUCGCUGACGCCCACAGAAGGGCCUAUGAGAUUUACCGCGAAAAAUACGCUUCUCAAGGCGGAAAGCUCUCUGUGGUCCUGCCCGCUGAUGCAGCCUCAGCGCUCCUGCGAGAACCCUCCGUGUCUUCCCUCGCCAAGGGCGCGGUUGAUUUCCUCUCUCUCGAUUUGUCUUAUGAUUGCCAGAGUCAGACAAGUUUGCUGCAGAAGCUGGGUGAAUUGCAGGCUAUUGAGCCAAAAGUGAAAGUUUUCAUCUUUAAUCUAAAACUCCAGCACUGCCCCUCCGCCAGGGAGAACCCAGCUGGGUUGCUCUUCAGCCUCUUCCAAGCCCUCAAGAAGAACCAAGUGCUCACCAUUGGGUUUGAUAUGAAUGUAUUCUUGAACUGUUCAUCAGAUUCUGAGAAAAGUGUGUCUUGCUCCCUGGCCGGCAGCCUGCCCCUUCAGGCCGCCGGGCCGCGGGGCUCCGAGCCUGCAGCCCGCUCCUCGGCCGGCUCUGCCUAUCGGAGAGUCUGGGAAGCAUUUGCCCACCAGCCCAGGGCAGAAAGGGACGCUUUCCUGCAGGACGUUUUCCCUGAAGGCUUCCUCUGGGGUGUCUCCACCGGAGCCUUUAACGUGGAAGGAGGCUGGGCUGAGGAUGGAAGAGGGGCAAGUGUCUGGGACCAACUCGGACCCCAGCAGGCCGCCAAGGGCCAAGCAGCACCAGGUGUGGCCAGCGACAGUUACCACAAGGUGGACUCUGACGUCUCCCUGCUUCGUGGCCUCCGGGCUCAGGUCUAUAAGUUCUCCAUCUCCUGGUCCCGCAUCUUCCCCACGGGGCGCGGGCACAGCCCCAACCUCCGGGGUGUCGCCUACUACAACAAGCUGAUCGACAGCCUGCUGGACUCUCACAUCCAGCCCAUGGCCACGCUGUUCCACUGGGACCUGCCUCAGGCCCUGCAGGCGCGAGGCGGGUGGCAGAACGAGAGUGUGGUGGACGCCUUCCUGGACUAUGCGGCCUUCUGCUUCUCUACCUUUGGGGACCGCGUGAAGCUGUGGGUGACCUUCCACGAGCCGUGGGUGAUGAGCUACGCGGGCUACGGCACCGGCCAGCACGCGCCAGGCAUCUCUGACCCAGGGGUGGCCUCUUUCAAGGUGGCUCACUUGGUCCUCAAGGCUCAUGCCAGAGCUUGGCAUCUCUACAACAGCCACCAUCGCCCACAGCAGCAGGGGCACGUGGGCAUCGUGCUGAACUCAGACUGGGCAGAGCCUCUAUCCCCAGAGAGGCCUGAGGACGUGAGAGCCUCCGAGCGCUUCUUGCACUUCAUGCUGGGCUGGUUUGCACACCCUAUCUUUGUGGAUGGAGACUACCCAGCUGCCCUGAGGGCCCAGAUUCAACAGGUAAACACACAGUGCUCCAGUCCUGUGGCCCAGCUGCCUGAAUUCACCGAAGCAGAGAAGCAGCUCCUGCAGGGCUCUGCUGAUUUCCUGGGUCUGUCCCAUUACACGUCCCGCCUCAUCAGCAAGGCCCAGCAGGACACCUGCGCCCCCAGCUACGAUGCCAUUGGAGGCUUCUCGCAGCACGUGGACCCUGCGUGGCCCCAGACCUCAUCCCCAUGGAUUCGUGUGGUGCCCUGGGGUAUAAGGAGGCUGUUGCGGUUUGUAUCCUUGGAAUACACAAGAGGAAAAGUUCCCAUCUACCUGGCUGGGAAUGGCGUUCCCAUAGGGGAAAGUGAAGAUCUCUUUGAUGAUUCCUUGAGAAUAGACUACUUCAAUCAGUAUAUCAACGAGGUGCUCAAGGCCGUCCAGAAGGACUCAGUGGACGUUCGCUCUUACAUUGCUCGCUCGCUCAUCGACGGCUUCGAGGGACCCUCUGGCUACAGCCAGAGGUUUGGGUUGUACCACGUCCAUUUCAACGACAGCAGCAAGCCAAGGACUCCCAGGAAAUCUGCCUAUUUUUUCACCAGCAUCAUUGAAAAGAAUGGUUUCCUCACCAAAAAAGUAAAAAGACUGCCACCAUCCAGUACAGCAAACUUCCCCCCUAAAAUCAGAGCCUUUACUUUUCCAUCUGAGGUGCCCUCCAAGGCUAAGGUCGUUUGGGAAAAGUUCUCCAACCAACCCAAGUUUGAAAGAGAUUUGUUUUACCACGGCACGUUCCGGGAUGACUUUCUGUGGGGCGUGUCCUCGUCAGCCUAUCAGGUUGAAGGGGCUUGGGACGCUCACGGCAAAGGCCCCAGCAUCUGGGAUAACUUCACCCACACACCAGGCAGCAACGUGAAAGACAACGCCACUGGAGACGUAGCCUGUGACAGCUAUAACCAACUGAACGCAGAUCUGAAUAUGCUUCGAGCUUUGAAGGUGAAGGCCUAUCGCUUCUCUAUCUCCUGGUCUCGGAUAUUCCCAACUGGGAGAAACAGUUCCAUCAACAGACAUGGUGUUGAUUAUUACAACAGGCUGAUCGAUGGCUUGGUAGAAAGCAACAUCUUUCCCAUGGUGACCCUGUUCCACUGGGACCUGCCCCAGGCCCUGCAAGACAUCGGAGGCUGGGAUAAUUCUUCCUUGAUUGAGUUGUUUAACAGCUAUGCAGACUUUUGUUUCCAGACUUUUGGUGACAGAGUCAAGUUCUGGAUGACCUUUAAUGAACCCACAUACCAGGCAUGGUUGGGUUAUGGCUCAGGGGAUUUCCCCCCAAAUGUGAAGGAUCCAGGCUGGGCGCCGUACAGGAUUGGCCAUGCACUCAUCAAAGCUCACGCCAGAGUCUAUCACACUUACGAUGAGAAGUACAGGCAAGAGCAGAAGGGGGUCGUCUCUUUGAGCCUCGGGGCACACUGGGCAGAGCCCAAGUCACCAGAGGUCCCCAGGGAUGUGGAGGCAGCUGACCGAAUGCUGCAGUUCUCACUGGGCUGGUUCGCCCACCCCAUCUUCAGAAACGGAGACUAUCCCGAUGCCAUGAAGUGGAAAGUGGGGAACAGGAGCGAACUGCAACACUUAGCCACGUCCCGCCUGCCGAGCUUCACCGAGGAAGAGAAGAGGUACGUCAGGGCCACAGCCGAUGUGUUCUGUCUCAACACCUACUCCACCAGAAUCGUGCGGCAUACAACACCCAGGCUAAAUCCACCCUCCUACGAAGACGACCAGGAGGCGGCUGAGGAGGAGGACCCUUCCUGGCCUUCCACAGCCCUGAGCAGAGCUGCACCCUGGGGGAUGCGAAGGCUGCUCAAUUGGAUCAAGGAAGAGUAUGGUGACAUCCCCAUUUACAUCACCGAGAACGGCGUGGGGCUGACCAAUCCGGACCUGGAAGACACCAGUCGGAUAUUUUAUCACAAAACCUACAUCAAUGAAGCUUUGAAAGCCCACAGGCUCGACGGCGUGGACCUCCGAGGGUACGCGGCGCGCUCCCUCAUGGACGGCUUUGAGUGGCUGCACGGUUACGCGGUCAGGUUCGGGCUGUACCACGUGGAUUUCAGCCAUAAGGACCGGCCCCGCACCGCAAGAGCCUCGGCCCGGCACUACGCCGCGGUGGCGGCCAGCAACGGCAUGCCGCGGGGCCCCGAGGGGCAGUUCCUGCACGGCCGCUUCCCCCAGGGCUUCGUCUGGAGCGCGGCUUCCGCGGCCUAUCAGAUCGAAGGUGCGUGGAGAGCAGAUGGCAAAGGACUCAGUAUUUGGGACACGUUUUCUCACACACCACUGAAGGUGGAGAAUAAUGACAUCGGAGACGUGACCUGUGACAGUUACCACAAAACUGCUGAGGACGUGGCCGCCCUGCGGAACCUGGGUGUGUCCCACUAUCGCUUCUCCAUCUCUUGGCCUCGCGUCCUCCCGGACGGAACCACCAGGCACAUCAAUGAAGCGGGCCUGCGCUACUACUCGCAGCUCAUUGACGCGCUGCUGGCUGCCAACAUCAAGCCCCAGGUGACCAUUUACCACUGGGACCUGCCCCAGGCCCUGCAGGAUGUCGGAGGCUGGGAGAAUGAGACCAUUGUACAGCGCUUCAGAGACUACGCCAAUGUGCUCUUCCAGAGGCUGGGGGACAAGGUGAAGUUUUGGAUCACGCUGAACGAGCCCUUUGUCGUUGCUCUCCAGGGCUAUGGCUACGGGACAGCCGCUCCAGGCAUCUCCUCCCGGCCUGGCACUGCCCCCUACACUGCUGGCCACAACCUAAUAAAGGCUCAUGCCGAGGCCUGGCACCUGUACAAUGACAUGUACCGCGCCAGUCAACGUGGCACGAUCUCCAUCACCAUCAACAGCGACUGGGCUGAGCCCAGAGACCCCUCCAACCAGGAGGACGUGGAGGCCGCCAGGAGAUACGUUCAGUUCAUGGGAGGCUGGUUUGCACAUCCUAUUUUCAAGAAUGGGGAUUACAACGCAGUGAUGAAGACUCGGAUUCGUGACAGAAGCUUGGCUGCAGGGCUCAGCAAGUCUCGGCUCCCGGAGUUCACGGAGAGGGAGAAGAGGAGGAUCAAUGGCACUUACGACUUCUUUGGGUUCAAUCACUACACCACUGUCCUGGCCUACAAUCUCGACUAUGACUCCAGGAACUCUUCCUUUGACGCAGACAGGGGAGUUGCCACCAUCACAGAUCGCUCUUGGCCAGACUCCGGCUCCUCCUGGCUGAAGAUGACACCUUUUGGCUUCAGGAGGAUCCUGAACUGGUUAAAGGAAGAGUACAACAACCCUCCGAUUUAUGUAACAGAGAACGGAGUGUCCCAACGGGGAGAAACAAACCUCAAUGACACCGCAAGGAUCUACUACCUCCGCAGCUAUAUCAAUGAGGCACUCAAAGCUGUGCAGGAUAAAGUGGACCUUCGAGGAUACACUGUUUGGAGUGUGAUGGACAACUUUGAGUGGGCCACAGGCUUCUCAGAGAGGUUUGGUCUCCAUUUUGUGAACUACACUGACCCUUCCCUGCCAAGGAUUCCCAAAGCAUCAGCCAAGCUCUACGCCUCUAUAACCCGGUGCAAUGGCUUCCCUGACCCAGAAGCAGGCCCACACCCUUGUCUCCAAGCAGAAGAUGCUGGACCCACCACCAGUCCCAAGAGAGAAGACGACAUUCAGUUCCUGGGCCUGGCACUGGGUACGACAGAAGCCCAGACAGCUUUGUACACACUCUUUUCUCUUGUGCUUCUUGGCAUCUGUGGUGUGGCAUUACUGUCAUACAAGUACUGUAAGAGCUCCAAGCAGGGAAAAACACAACCAGGCCAACAGGAGAUGAGCCCUAUUUCUUCAUUCUGA